AUGUCGGCCUCUGGGACGGCGACGGCCUCUGCUCCGGCGGAAGCUGGCGGAGGCGGCGCCGCCGGGGACAAGCAACGCUCCUCCUCCUCCGCCCCUCUCAACGUGGAAGGUAUCGACUUGCUGGAGAAAUGUGGCGUGUGCCGAGAGCGGCUCCGAUCCGAGCGGGAUCCGCGGCUCUUGCCUUGUCUCCACACCGUCUGCAAAGAGUGCAUCAAAGUAGAGCCCGUCUCGGCCGGCAACAACAAGGAUGGGCAAGUGGUUGAUUGCCCAGUAUGCAAGCAUCAAUGUUAUCUAAAAGACAUUGUGGAGAACUACUUUUUGAGGGAUGGUGGCACAGAAGCUCUUGGGGAUGCUAGGGAUGCUAAUCAGUGUUGCACCAGCUGUGAAGAUAACGCCCCAGCCACCAGCUUUUGUGUGGAGUGCCAAGAGCCCCUGUGUGAGACAUGCGUGGAGGCCCAUCAGAGAGUGAAGUACACUAAGGACCAUACUGUCCGAUCCACAGGCUCCUCCAAAUCACAGGAGAGGGAGAAGACUAUCUACUGCUCUGUCCAUAAGCAUGAACCUCUGGUGCUGUUCUGUGACACCUGUGACACCCUGACAUGCCGGGACUGUCAGCUGAAUGCUCACAAAGAUCACCAGUACCAGUUCUUGGAGGAUGCAGUCAAGAACCAACGCAAGAUGCUGGCUUCAUUGGUCAAGCGCCUGGGGGAUAAAAAUGCCAAUCUCCAGAAGUCAACCAAGGAAGUGCGCACUUCGAUCCGGCAGGUGGCAGAUGUGCAGAAACGUGUGCAGGUAGAUGUGAAGAUGUCUAUACUGCAAAUUAUGAAGGAGCUCAAUAAGCGUGCUAAGGUGCUGGUUAGCGAUGCACAGAAAGUCACUGAGGGGCAACAAGAGAAACUGGAGAGGCAGCACUGGGCCAUGACGAAGCUGCAACGCCACCAAGAACAUAUCCUGCGCUUUGCUAACUGGGCCUUGGAGAGUGACAACAACACUGCACUGCUGCUGUCAAAGAAACUGAUUUAUUUUCAGUUGCACAGGGCUCUAAAGAUGAUUGUGGAUCCUGUGGAACCCCAUGGAGACAUGAAAUUCCAGUGGGACUUAAAUGCCUGGAUCAAGAGUGCAGAGACAUUUGGUCAGAUUGUCUCAGAACGGAGUGGCUUGCCAGUGACUGCCAAUGCCCAAGCACCCCAACAGCGGGCCAGUGCUGCUUCUGCUGCAUCAGGAGUGGCAGUCAGACAGGGUUCUGUUCCCCCUUCUCAGGGUGUCCAACAGAUGUCUCUGCAGACAAGCAUAAUGAAUAAGGGAGCUUUGCUUCAGCCUGUGCUGCCUUCCAACAGCCAGCGGCAGGCCAUCCCCGACUGCUAUAUCAAUGAUGCCAGUGCCUCUUCUGCUGGACAGCCAAUGGACAUUGGUGAUGGCUUUGGUGUAGAAGGAUCAUAUUCUGGUGAAGUGUCUGGAAUGAAGAGGGCCCGUGGCCAGGAUGGAGAAACCGGUCUUGUGCGGAAAGUGCCCAGGGUUAGUCUGGAGCGGCUGGAUGUGGACUUGACAUCAGAUAACCAGCCGCCUGUCUUCAAAGUCUUUCCAGGCAAUUCUCGUGAAGAUUACAAUCUCAUUGUGAUUGAACAAGGAGGCCAGCAAGCCGCUGCCCAGCAAGCAGGGCUACCAACUGGAGGUGCUGCAGUGAAGGAGGAGCAGAUGGAAGCGGCUAUCGAACAUCCUGCUUCUGCUGCAGAUACUAAAGACACCAAGCCAGUUGUCCUGCCCCAGGAUGCCCUCCUUCCAGAAGGCUCUGCAGCCCCCCGGCUCAUCUCCCCCAGUGGCAGCACCAGCUCCGCAAUGGAAAUGCAGUCUGUUCACAGUCAUGAUGGCGCAGCUAAUGGGGAGGAAAGUGCUUGCUGCAGGAUCUGUCUGAAAGCUGGUGCUGUGGUCAUGUGUGAUAGCUGCAAAAAGUGCUACCACCUGGAUUGUCACCUUCCUGCCCUUCAGGAAAUCCCUGGCCAGGAUUGGAGAUGUCUACUGUGUGAUGAUCCAGUAACAGCCAUUGGAGAAGAUGGGGCUGACUUGACUCCAAUCUUCAUAGAUGGAGAACCAAAGAUACUCUCAGAUGUUGACCAGAAGAGAUGUGAACGAGUUCUCCUUGAGCUACUUUGUUCUGAACCGUGCAGACCUCUUCACCGGCUUUCCAAUGCUCCAGAGGGGCAGAACACAAUUGACUUGACCUUGAUUAGAGCCAAGCUACAGCGGAAGCUGUCACCACCCUACGCAUCUCCUGAUGAAUUUGCAGAUGAUGUCUGGAAGAUGUUCAGGCAGUUUAACAAGUUGACUGAGGAUAAGGAGGAUGUCCAGUCCAUCAUCGUUCUGCAGCGCUUCUUUGAGGCCAAACUGAGUGCUGCCUUUGGUGACCGGAAAUUUUCCGCGCUGCGUGAGCCAAUCAAUAUUGAUGAACCGCAAAAAGGAGACACUCUUGCUUCCCGUGGUUCCCCGGUCACUGAUCCGGGUGAGGCCAUGUCUUCUAAGCCUGAUGGCAGCGGUGGGGAUGAGGGAAUGGCAGUCUAAAGGGUCACCACCUGUUUCAAUGGACCAGCAUUCCAUGGAGGAGAGGAAAUGAGGGAGCUACCAACUUGAAGCUACCCUCACCCAUCCCUGUCCUCCACUCUUCUGGUCCCCCCUUUGCCCCCUUCUGCACCUCUCUGCUUUUUUGGGAGAGUAAUUGUAGAACUUGACUGCUUAGAUAAUGUUAUAAAUGGUCUGAACAGUUUUUUUCCUUUUUUUUUUCUUUUUUGCUGGACAAAUUUUAUCCCUUGUUCUAUCACAGAUACUUUGUGGUUUUCUUUUUUCUUUUUGUAUCGAAAGGAGAAUUAAUAAAUUGACCUAAUCCAGAAGCCUGUACCACGCUCUCCAGCUGGACUUUUUCCCCCACUCCUAGUGGGAACAGUAUAGGGGUUCCCUUUUUAAUAUCCCCUUCCCAAAUUUUCACCAAGGAAGAAACUGUUGUUGAAUAUCCGUGUAAUAAAUUGCUGCUCCCUGAAAUGACUGCUUAGAUAAUGGUUAUACAGAUUUGAACAGUCUCCCCACCCCCAUUUUUUUUGCUUGACAAGAUUUUAUGCCCUUGUUCUUAAUGAUACUUUGUUUUUAUUUUGGUAUGGAAAUGGGAAUUAAUAAAAUUGAGCUAAUCACGCUCUCCAAUUUGACUCCUUUUUUGCUCCUAGUGGGAACAAUAUAGAGAUUCAUUUUUUAAAACCACUGAGGAAGAAGCUGUUAUUGAAUCCCCCAGUAAGGAAUCACUGCCCCUUCAAAUAUACUGGACUACUCUUGGUGAGUUUUUAGAUGAUGAAUUGCUUUGAGAAUCAAGGUCAGUCUUUCCUCUGCUUCAUCUGUUUCAUGAGAAGAUAAAGAGCAGCAUGUUUUGGCAUAAUAUUUGUGCAUUUCUUCCUUAUCCUGGUGCCAGCCUAGGUGGACAGCUGACAAAGCAACUGUUGGGCCUCCAUGACAGCUAUCUUCUAAAGUGGUGGUUGCUUUCUCUGAAAAAUUUCCUGUGUCCAAACGGGACUUCUUGCUUUUGGUUCUGUUUGCUCAAGAGAAGAGGAGUCACUGUUUCCAUAGGUCAGAGUAGUUGUAGAUUUUUAAACCCAGUUCCUUCUGUGUAGCCGUCCUUUCUGGCUCUGCGUUUCUUCAAAAGCUUUCUGGCCCAGUAGUUUUACCUUCACUGUCCCAAGAGACAUUCUCAUGGAAAUGUGCUUUUUUGCUUAUGUAUAUUUUAGACUUGGCUUCUUUCAUGUUCAAAAAAUAAAAGAUGUUUGCAACUUC